AUCAAGAUCGGAGUAUGUAAAAAAUCCUAAUGCUCUCUACAUAGGCGAUUUAUUUAAACAGUAAAUUGACGGACAACUAUGGUCAUCGAUCCCUCGUCCGGUGGUGAAAAACCAUCAAACCAGUCCCAAUAAUAUCGUAUCAGCAAUGCACACAAACCCCAGGUAGGCACCCAUAUCCAAUUCUUCCCCAUCUGCUGCAGAAAUCAACAAUGGUGGAAUUGUCAUCUCACCAAACAAUUGCCAGGAGAGAGCCAAAAUCCACUUCAACGUCCCUGGGUCAAAUAGACUGAUUCAAGGCCUUGAAGAUGUCUCAACACAUCAAUUACAAUCAACCCCCAAAGAUUCAGACAACAUCACCACAGGAAUUCCCGUCUACGGCCAGAUGAGCAACGCAUCAACUAGAUGUUGGCCACGCAUGCGAAUACAAAUGUCCAAAUUGUUCAAAUCCAACAUAAAUCAACUACAAUUGAUCUGGAUAUUGAUCCCAAACCCUCAAACAACAAUUACAUUGAACAAUUCAUCAUAACAAUACAGAACACUAUGUAUGCAAACUCCACUAUGCCUUAUGUUCGACGAAAUGUCAAGGUCAAUUUUGAUGCCAAUUUUAAUGAACAAAUGAAUAGUUGUGCUUUACAAAAUAAUGUUGAGAUUAGUCGUCAUGAGAAAUUGCGAGAACAAUCAACAAAAGAAAGUGCUGAAAAGUUGUCACCCUCAGCAGCGAAUAUGUUGCAGGCCCAUAUUCCUACUGAGAGCAAUGAGCUUCAAGCUGCAGUCAAUCAAUGUGACCUGUCUCUCUCCAACGUUGACAAUGAAAACAACAAUCCCCUAAGCUAUCCAAAAAAUAUGCCUUCAAGAAGUCCGAAUGAUAAGGAAGAUACAAUACCAGUAGAAACAUAUAUUACCGAUAAGGGAGAAUACUCAUCCCAAGCAUCCCAACAACAGUUUAAAACUACCCAUCCCACCCAAAACAUAACUCAUACAGCAAAUCCCCAACAAGAACAACAUAUUAGACAAUCAACAACCUCAAAACCAGCAUACACUGUCCCAAAGAUCUCAGCAAAUUUUGAUAAACCUAACCACCCCAAGGCUAGCAAAAAACCUGCAACCUCAGACCAAAAGGUCCUUACUCAGGCAACCAAAACAAAUGAAACACCCAAUCCUAAAGACAUCAAUGUCAAGCCAAAUAAAUCAGCUAACUACCCUGCUCCAUCACCACCUACCAUCACCCAAUCCUUAGCCACAAAAGUGAGAGCCAGGCAGACUGCAAAAAUAGCUCCAAUAGAAUUCACACCUCCCAGAAUAACCACAAAACAGGGCCAGUCUACUGUAAUGUUUACCAGGAAGGAUUGCAUGGUCUCCCUAGCCAACAGAUGCCAAUCUAUAUAUUUCUAUAAAGGAGGGCCUAGGAAAAGAGGGGGAAGGAUUCAGAAAGCAAAGUAGCAAAUUCAGAAGGGGAUCAUGGCCAUUCCAACUCCAUUAGUCUAAUUGCAUUAUCUGCAGGUAUAUAGUAGUAAGGAUAAAAACAAGUGGGAUCGAAAUCCCUUGUAACGGUAAGACCUUAUUAACUUGCCUAAUCGUUUCUAUCUUUAAACCCUAUUUUCAUUCUCUAUUUAUUUGCUUUGUGGAUUCUAUCUACACUAAUCAUAAGCGAAGUCUUGAUUUCUGACUCAAAAGUUAAUAAAGUUAUUUUUCGAUAGAACUUAUUUGAAGGUAUGAUCUUUCAAGGUUCAAGCACAGGUAUGGCAUUGUGGCUUCUGUUUAAGCCUACUUUUGGAUGAGAAUAGAAGCAGAGGAAAAGCAAUUUCUUGAUCAAAAUUUAAUCUGAUUAAGAUUAUGGUGCAUACCGGAAGAUGGCUAGCUUUUGAGUCCAAGAUGGCCAUGAUUAUGACUAUUAAGGUUUAAUACAUUAGCAAAUCAAUAAAGCCAGAGUGAAAUUACUGAGUAAAUCUAAGAGUAGUUGUACAGUACUUUCUUGCAUUUCACUGUUAAUACUCUCUUUACUUUCUGGUUCUUUUAUUUAUUCUCUCCUUGGGAAAUUUUUGAAGUAUUACAAAAUCUAUCACAUAGUUUUGAAGAGAUAAAGCAGAUUUCUGUAUCAUGGUGGUGAAGACCAUCACCUUUCUGACUUGCUGAAUGUUUUCUUAAACUUUGGAAGGUUAGUAUCAUACAUUAUAAAAAUAUGGCAUUUUCUCCUGAUUUACCUAGACAAGAUCUAAUUUUUUUCCACUCAUUGUUUGGUUCUUUUUCCCUUUCUUAUAGGAAUAGCUUAUUUAUUUAGUGUGCUAAUAAAUAAAAGCAAUGAAGAGUUGUAAGAUGACGAUGCAGAGUAGAAGAGUUAUCAGCAAGUUAGCAACCAUUUAGAUUCUACCAUCUCUUGCCUGCAAUGAAAUUCCAGAGAAUGCUCUUGAACGUCCUCUAUCUGAAAUAGCAGAAAAAACCGAUGCUUGCUGACGUUGCCUCAAUCUGGAGUGCUAGAAAAUUUCAUGCUUUUGGGCGCCAGAAAUCACACCAUAUAUUAGUGAAGCCUAAUUCUAUGUCAGCAGUUCUGCUCUUCAAGCUGAAAAUUCAAAGAUCAAAAGUCACGAAUUUUACAGCCACAAGAAAGAAAGUCAGGGUCUAUUCCAUAAAUUCAUAUACGCGAUGCUUGAGAAACUCUAAGGUUUAUAAAAUAGUCAGUGCUUUUUGUAGCAGAAAUGGUUAACGUGUAUGCAAAUAUAUGGACUUUAUGUGAUAUAUUUGUCAUGAUGGUGAAUUUUGCUACUCCCCCUGGCAUGUUAUGAAUAUUUAACUUGUAUGCAAAUGUAAUAAUAGAUGAUUUCUUUUGAUUUAUUA